GGGAAGUCCUUUUCAUGGCCAUCUGAUCUUAAGAGACACCAGAGAACGCACACGGGCGAGAAGCCGUUCCUGUGCCCUGUGUGUGGAAAGGCAUUUGCAAAGUCAUCAUAUCUUCAGAGUCACCAGAAAACACACACGGGUGAGAAGCCAUUCCUGUGUUCUGUGUGUGGGAAGGCAUUUGCACGGUCAUCAACUCUUCACGAUCAUAAGAAAACACACACGGGCGAGAAGCCAUUCCUGUGCCCUGUGUGUGGGAAGACAUUUGUACAGUCGUCAAAAUGGAACAGGCAUCAGAAGGCAUAUUCACGGCAAUCAAGUCUUAAGAGUCACCAGAGAACACACACGGGCGAGAAGCCUUUCCUUUGCUCUGUGUGUGAGAAGGCAUUUGCACGGGCAUCAACUCUUCAAACUCAUCAGAGAACACACACGGGCGAGAAGCAAUUCCUGUGCUCUGUGUGUGGCAAGACAUUUGCACAGUCAUCGCAUCUUCAGAGUCAUCAGAGAACACACACGGGAGAGAAGCCAUUCCUGUGCCCUGUGUGUGGGAAGACAUUUGCACGAUCAUCACAUCUUCAGAGUCAUCAGAGAACACACACGGGCGAGAAGCCAUUCCUGUGCCCUGUGUGUGGGAAGACAUUUGCAGACUCAUCAACUCUUCGAACUCAUCAGAGAACACACACGGGCGAGAAGCCAUUCCUGUGCUCUGUGUGUGGGAAGGCAUUUGCAGACUCAUCGACUCUUCAAACUCAUAAGAAAACACACACGGGCGAUAAGCCGUUCCUGUGCUCUGUGUGUGGGAAGGCAUUUGCACAGUCGUCAAAACGGAACAGGCAUCAGAAGAUGCUCGAGAUUGAGUGUCCUGCUGUGGUCCGAAUUGUUUACUGCGAUAACAUUUGUAACAAGAUGCUGCCAGUUGUGUGA